AUGACCAUGAGUGAAGAAAAUCAACCUCAAUCAUCAUCACGCUGCUCUUCCCCGACUUGUUCCCUUAAUGAUUCAGCAUCCUCCUCAAUAACAAUGGCAACAGUAUCAUCGGUGGUGACUAAGAGUGAUCUGAUUUUGAAUAUUGCUGUUGGGAAUAAUUUUGGAGAAGAAGAAGAAGAGCGAGCAAGUGUUGUACAGAAUAACUAUUAUUCAACUCCCUUACAUACACAUCGAGAAAGUGGGUUGAUAUCGAGUGCAGUUCCCUUCACUACUUCACCUCAACAUUGUUCAUCAUCAACAUCGAUUAAGAGAAUGGUUCAGAUCAAUAUUAGUUCGGAGGUUACAUUGGGACAAAUGAAGAGGUGUCUCACGAAUGUUAUGGCUUGUGAUAUUCAUGCUGUAUUUGUGAGAGUCCUGUGUUCGAGAUGUGAAAAUUCAUAUACACUUCUUGGUGAGACCAAUAAGCUCUAUCUUACUGAUCAAUAUUCGGAAAAAACAAAACUCUCAUUCAGUAAGGGAGUUGAAAUUGAAUAUAAUUUUGAAAUGUUGAAUUCUAUAAGAUUGGAGUUGUAUGGUUUUGCAGCAGUUACUUUGAGAUCAUCCAUUGAUUAUAGUGCAUCAUAUAGUGAGGACGCCAAGUUUAUUGGUUUUUCAAGAGAUAUUGAACUGAUUCAUAUUGUGAAUGGUAAACAAUCAAAAAUUGAACUGUACUCUGGGAGAGAGACACUGAUAUCGAGUUUAAAUUUACAAAGCGAUCUCUACUAUGAGAUUGGUAACAAUCAAGAAUUGAGAGAUUUGAUAGAAUCAACCAAACGAUGUGACCUUGCCGAGUUGGAGACAUUAUUGACAGAAGUGCCACCAACCAUUUUCACGGAAACAAACAUGAUCACUUUCAAAUGUAGAGCUAUGGGAUUGGAUAGGAAAGAUAUAUUCGCUCUCAGUGACCCUUUUAUUGUGAUUUUGAAUGAUGAAAAGGAAAUUUUCAGGAGUGAAGUUAUUAAGAAUAUGCUCGAUCCUGAAUGGAAUAGUUUUUCGAUAUCUUCAUCCAAGCUUUGUGAAAAUGACUAUAACAAACAAUUGAAAGUGAGAUGCUAUGAUUGGGAUUUAAUAUCUAGUAAUGACCUCAUUGGAGAGUUUUACUUUACUAUUCUCCAAGUACUCAAUGGAAAUAAGCUCUAUGAAAUUAUAGAGCCAAACCUUGCCAGAAAGAAAAAGGGAUACAAACACUCUGGCAUCUUUCAAUUUUUACAUGUGACAGAGUUUAUGGGCAAUGAGGAGAGUAAAAAUCCAGAAAGAAUAAUCUAUGAAAAGAUGAUAUGUUUAAAGAAGAAUAAGGAGCUACUCUUCAUGGAUUAUAUAGAAGAUGGAUUCAAUCUCUCUCUACACUUUGCAAUUAGUUUCAGUAAGGAAAAUUCUUCAUUACAUUUUCAAGGUAACAAGAAUACCUAUGAAAGAGUUUUGAAAACCUUUGGAAGAGUAUGCGAGUGUUAUUGUGAUACUGAAUUUUCCAUGUAUGGAUAUUCAGCAAUCCAAAGAACAGCAAGUUCUCCUCAACAACAGCCAUUCUUUACCUUAGACGACAUGUAUAUAAAUUCAAUGAAAUUUACAGGAUACGAGAGAGCAAUUAAUACCUACCGAACAGGUUUGCAAAAUAUUGAUUUUGAUGAAUUAUCAAAUGUGAGAAAUCCAAAAACUAAUCUCAAUUUUAGAAAUGAUGAUUUCUAUCACUUGAUUAAUCAUGUUUCGAACAAUGUGGAAGAAAAUGAGAAAACCUACAAGGUUCUUGUUAUCAUGAUUAAUGGAGAUGAUAUUGAGCUACAAAGAACUGUUGAUGCACUUGUCGAUUGCAGUUCUAAACCCAUAUCAAUAAUAAUACUAGGAGUUGGAUCCUGUUCCUUCUCCUCCUGUAAAAUUCUAUUCAGCAAUAACCAAUUUCAACAUGGCUCAACUGGAAAGAAACCAAUUCGGUGCAAUGUUAAAUUUGUUAGACUUCAAGAUGUAAAUGAGAAUGCCUAUUCGAAAAUACUUGCAGAUAUUCCAAAGCAAUUUGUAGAAUAUUAUCAAAUUAAUAAAGUUUUCUGA